AUGGAGAGAGGUGCCCCCCCCACUCCUCUGCCUCAGUUUGAGAGUGUGGUGCCCGAAUGGACCAAAUGCAGCAGCCGAGAGAAGAGGAAGGAGAAGAAGGUGGAGAAGCCGUUCUACUCCGACUCGGAGGGCGAGUCUGGGCCGACGGAGUCAGCUGACAGUGAGUCCGACUCUGCCAGUGGCUCGGAGAGUGGCAGCGGCAUCGAGGAGACCGGGUCGGGAUCAGAGAGCGAAGAGAGCGAGGAAGGCUCCGAAUCUGAGGAAGAGGAGGAGGAAGAGGAGGAAAAGGACAAGAAGAAGAUUAAGAAAGAAUUAAAGAAGCCAGUGCAAGAAAGCGAAAGGAACUUUACUUUCCUUUCCAGCGAGCAGAGCAGUGAAGAAGAAGAGAGGAAACCAGAGAGGAAGAGCAAACCACGCAAGAGCGACUCUGAGUCUGAAUCCGACGAGGACGAAGAGAGCGAGUCUGAAAGCAGCCAGUCGGAGUCUGAAGACUCAGAGUCUGAGGCAGAAGUCAAAAAGAAAAAAAAGGCAGCUGAAUCUAAACCUCCGUCUAAGCCUGUAAAGAAAGAGAACAAGAAAGAGAAGAAGGAAAUGUCUCUGCUCGACCUCGAUGAUUUCGAACCUGCUCCCUCUCCUCAAGUCACACCGGUCAACACCUUCCUGUCCAACAGCCUCGUGACCGACCUGGAGGGAUUGUCUCUGUCUGACGCCGUUCUCUCUCCGGCAACCAUUUCUCCCUCCAGCGCACUGAAGAGCUACGAGCUGCUGCACCGGAUCACGGGGGAGGGUCUGUCGGUGGGGUACUGCUUCAGUCGACAGCCGUUCAGCCCCGACGCCAACAUGGUGGCCGUGCAGAUGCAGUUCACCAACAACGCA